AUGAUCAAUUUAAGCAAAAAUCAAUUUGAGGGAAAGCUCCCAAAGUCCUUAAUCAAUUGUACGUUGCUUGAGGUACUUGACAUAGGAAGAAAUCGUAUUAAUGACACUUUUCCAUCAUGGUUAAUAAGUCUUCCCAAGUUGCAAGUUCUUGUCUUGAGGCAUAACAAUUUCCAUGGGAAGAUAACAUCACCAUUGUCUACUCCAACGGUUCAUGAUUUUCCUUGCUUGCGUAUAUUUGACCUGUCAUGUAAUUUUCUAUCUGGUAAAUUACCAUCUAGGAUUGGUUAUAGUAACUAUGCAUUUUAUGAUGAGAAAUACAAUUAUGUUGUCACCAUGACAAAUAAGGGGAGUGAAACAUUUUACACAAAGAUAUUGACUGUAUUGCGAGUCAUUGAUUUCUCAAGCAAUAAGUUCACUGGUAGAAUCCCUAUGAUGAUUGGAAAUCUUAGAGGACUUCAAGCACUUAAUCUAUCCAACAACAAUCUUGUUGGUGAAAUCCCAUCUUCUCUAGCCAACAUUACAGACCUCGAGUCCUUAGACCUUUCUCAAAACAUACUUUCAGGAGUGAUCCCUCAAGAGUUGACAAAGCUAACCUUUCUUGGGGUCUUUAAUGUUUCACACAAUCAUCUGGUUGGACCGAUACCUGAAGGAGAACAGUUCAAUACUUUUGACAAUAGUUCUUUUGCCGGGAACUUGGCAUUAUGUGGAGCUCCAUUGUCUAAGAAAUGCUUGAAAGACUCCGUGGCAUCAUCACUACCACAACAGUCAAUAAAUGAUGAUGUGAUAGAAGAGGACUCGAAGCUCAUUGAUUGGAUCAUCAAAUCAUUGGGGUGUGUAAGUGGGUUUAUAAUAGGCUAUGCCAUUGGUAAAAUCUACGUGACUGAUCAACAUCAUGAUUGGUUUGUGGAGACUUUCGGAAGGAGAGGGAGGUUAAAGAUCAAAGUGAAGAGAUCAAGACAAAGGCAUAGCGGCAUAGCAAGGGGGAAUUAA